UUCUGACCCGACCUGCAUGUGAUCCGAUCUAUUUAUGACCUGAUCUGACCCGAUUUCUACCCCUAAACAAGAAGGGCCACGGUUCCAUUCCCUUGGGUUAUUCAUCUUCUUUCACGAUUAUCAAGCUUUGGCUCGCGGAAAAGAUGCCGAAAACUCUUACUCCCUCUCACAAAGAUGCCUGUGGGAAAAAAAAUCUCCCAACUCCUACUCUUCUUGACAAAACCAUUCUCUAACCUAUUAAAAAAUAAAAACAUCAACUACUCUCAAAGUCAACACUAUCCAUCUCUAACCAGAUAACAAGAAUGUAAGACUCAACCUAACUAAUACAAACCAGCACAAAAGAUAAAAUAAAAAAUAUAUAUAUUUUUUUAAUGAUGAGUUGAAGUUUGCAAAGGCUCCAUCAAAGGUGGCAUCCACUGCAACGAUAAGUAAACCGAGUACCGCCAAUAUAAGAGUUGAAGAUCAUCGACCAUCCUCCCUAUCCACCACUCAACCUUUCUUCACUCAGACACACGCCAGACGAGCACAGCCGCCAGCCCAUGGCGGCGGGAACCCGAACCCCCCACGUCGCCAUCCUCCCAAGCCCCGGCAUGGGCCACCUCAUCCCCCUCGCCGAGCUCGCCAAGCGCCUCGUCUUCCACCACGGCUUCGCCGCCACGUUCAUCACCUUCUCUGACUUCCCCUCCCCGGCGCAAGAUGCCUUCCUCAACUCCCUUCCCCCUGGCCUCUCCUCCCUCUCACUCCCUCCCGUCCCCCUCGACGACCUCCCGGCCGAUGCCCGCAUCGAGACCCGCCUCUGCCACGUCGUCGCCCGCUCCGUCCCCCGCCUCCGCGACAUCCUCGCCACCCUCAAAGUCACCACCCCCCUCGCCGCCUACGUCAUCGACGUAUUCGGCGGCGACACCCUCUGCAUCGCCAAAGAGCUCGGAGUUCCCCACUACAUGUACUGCACCACCAACUUCACGGCGCUCUCCCUCCUGUUCUACGUGCCCACCCUUCACCGGACCACCUCAUGCGAGUACCGGGACCUCGCCGAGCCGGUCGUCCUCCCUGGGUGCGCGCCCAUCAGGGGAGAGGACCUUCUGGACCCCAUGAAAGACCGGACCAACGAGGCCUACACGUGGCUCCUCCACAUCGCCGAGCGUUCAAGAGAGGCCGAGGGAAUUCUGGUGAACAGUUUCGUGGAGAUGGAACCGGUGGCCUCCAGGAUUCUCAUGGAGAACGAACCGGGGAGGCCGUCGCUCUGGCCGGUCGGGCCGCUAAUCCGGGCCGGUUCGAACGACGGCGACGAGAAUUGCUCCAAGUGCUUGGAGUGGUUAGACCGUCAACCUAGUGGGUCGGUUUUAUUCGUCUCUUUCGGGAGUGGUGGAACCCUGUCCAUGGAGCAGCUGAGGGAGGUGGCCUUUGGGCUGGAGAUGAGCGGGAUCCAGUUCCUGUGGGUGGUCCGGUGUCCAAGCGACACAGAGGCUUAUGGGGCCUUCUUUGGCGACAAGGGCGCUGAGGACCCACUCAGCUAUUUGCCGGAAGGGUUCUUGGAGAGGACCAAGGGGUCCGGUUUGGUGGUCCGGUUCUGGGCUCCACAGGUUGAAGUGCUGAGCAACGGUUCGACCGGGGGUUUCUUGACUCACUGCGGGUGGAACUCGACCCUGGAGAGCGUAGUCCAUGGCGUGCCCAUGAUUGCCUGGCCGCUGUACGCCGAGCAGAGAAUGAACGCAGUGAUGCUGUCGGAGAGCGUGAAGGUGGCGAUGAGGCCGGAGGUUGGAAAGGACGGCGUGGUCCGGAGGGAGGAGAUAUCGAGGGUGGUGAAAGAGUUGAUGGAGGGGGAGGGAGGGAAGGCGGCGAGAGACCGGAUGGCCGAGCUCCGGGAGGCGGCGGCCAGGGCCUUGACGGAGGAGGGAUCGUCUUACAAGGCGCUUUCCGAGGUGGCUGGAAAAUGGAAAGCUGGAAUAGCCGUGUGAGAAACGGAUGGCGUUUGUUUUGUUGUUUGGACAUUUCUCUGGUGAUAAAAUAACGUGCGUCUAUUUUGACUGUUUCCUCGGUUUUCCCAUGUUGUUGUUCAUCGGUGUGGCUUUUUCUUC